AUGUACAUAUGUAGCCUUGACUGAUCUCACCUAGAAACAGCACCACUGCACUUUUGCAACGACAUUUACCUUGAGAUCGUCGUCUCCCUGACGCUGUCGGAGCUCUGAGAUAGAGCCUCCGAGUGUAUGUGUGUUGCCGUUAGUAGUCUGGGCUGUUGACCGUCUUUGAAGACUUGGUUCAUGCCAACUAUAUUGGCGUUCACAAGCCGGCCAUGGCGACCUCCGCGCGAGCUCCCAAGCGGAAGGAGAUCUACAAGUACUCAGCCCCCUGGCGCUUGUACAGUAUGAGCUGGAGCAUUCGACCUGAUAAACGAUUUCGUUUAGCGUUGGGCAGCUUCGUAGAAGAAUACAGUAAUAAGUGUCAGAUUGUUUCGCUCGACGAGGAGACCGGGUCCUUCUCCGUGAACAGCACGUUUGAGCAUCCUUACCCGACGACGAAGAUUGUGUGGAUUCCCGAUCCGCAUAGUAGCUAUCCUGAUCUUCUGGCUACUACCGGUGACUACCUCCGGCUUUGGCGCGUCCAGGAUGAUGGCGAGACCAAGCUUGAGUGCUUCUUGAACAAUAACAAAUCGUCGGAUUACUGCGCACCGCUGACAUCAUUUGACUGGAACGAGGUCGACCCGAACUUGAUUGGAACGUCCAGUAUUGACACAACUUGCACGAUAUGGUCGCUGGAGACGGGGCAAGUGGUGGGUCAGACUCCGUCCAUCCGUGGCUCAGUGCUCACUCAGCUUAUAGCUCAUGAUAAGGAGGUUUUUGAUAUUACAUUCAGUCGCUCCCGUGCUGGCCGGGACAUCUUUGCGUCCGUCGGCGGUGACGGUUCCGUCCGCAUGUUUGACCUCAGGCAUUUGGAGCACUCGACUAUCAUGUAUGAGGACUACAACCAUCGGCCGCUGCUGCGAAUCGCAUGGAAUCGCCAGGAUGCCAACUACUUGGCUGCAUUCUGUCUGGAGAGCGAGGAGGUUGUGAUACUGGACAUUCGUGUGCCUUGCAUGCCGUUGGCACGACUGCGUAAUCACCGGGCGCCCGUCAAUGGCAUCACCUGGGCUCCACAGUCAUCUUGUCAUAUCUGCACUGCUGGUGACGAUCGUCAAGCUCUGAUCUGGGACAUCCAGCUGAUGCCUAACCCUAUUGAUGCACCGAUGCUCUCUUACUCAGCGGGUGGUGCAGUCAACCAGGUGCAGUGGAGCGCAACGCACUCCGAUUGGAUCGGUAUCUGCUACGACAACAACUUGGAAAUCCUACGCGUAUAGGUGGCACUACGAAAAACCCAUGUGACCUGUUCACCACGUACUAAAAUAGUACAAUUUGCGGUGAUGUCUAUGAUCCAUAGGUCAUGUGACCUAUACCGCACGUACUCCAUAGUACGAUUUGCUGUGAUGUCUAUGAUGCAUAGGUUCAACCACCUGCUCACCGGUCUACUCACUGUCGACACCCAUGAAAAAACACCUCUAUAGGAUAGAGGAACCAUAGGUCAGCCAGGUAUCCGGCACUAGUCCACAAUUCUAUGCCACUGGCACUGGCCGCUGAAAACUACUCACGAGCACGCUUGAAAUGUCCUAGUGCUCGUUGUACAUACAAUGUAUGCUUGUAUCGCCAUAGCAAACUAUCGCCAUAGCAAACACAAUGGUUGAAACUAGGUGCCAUUCUAGCACUUGGUAAUUCAUGAAACACAUUAUCAACCUAUCCUAGCACCGUUGACCUCGUCCUUGUCCCUAUUGCUCACACAUGCAUGCUGCCAUUUAGCACUGAGCCACACUGUACAAAUGACCUUCUACUGAUUAUUUUCCUCUGCUCUUUUUUGCAUGUGUUGAGGCUGCUGCAGUGUCAGCUUUGGCCCGCACUACCAGCUGAUGCGCUUUGUUGUUGUUGUUGUUGUUGUUGUUGUUGGCGGUGAGGGUUAUGAUUAGGUAUGUCAUGCUCGUCAACCUGGACUUGCUCCGUACCCUAUGCAUACGCAUAGUUUGUCUCCCUUUCUCAGAACGUGUACAUAUGCUGCGCAGUUGCCGCAUCUCUCUCUCUCUCUUUCAGCCCUUGCUUAUUGCCCCAGGUUUUACUCGACGCUGCAUAUUAUGUCUAUUUCAUACUCUGGCCUGAGUGCAAUUCUCAGUGUUAUGUUAUUCGUUGCUUGCAAGGUAGCAUGCUGGUUUGCCAUUGCAGCUCCUCCGGCACUUGAGAUCCAUGUUCUUUGUCUGGUGCUCUGCGUGCAGUGGUUUGUUUUUCUCUGAGAUAAUAACUUCUCGAUGCUACAUAUCUUAGUUCGUUUAGCUCCCUCCGUUAUUGACCUACAUUGCAUAUGUAGGGCUGCAUACCGUGCUUGUACCCCGCAUUCACACACUUGGAUCUUGCACAUGCACACACAUGCGCGCGUGAACACUCGCUGGCAUUUGCACGCAUUCUCUCUCUCUCUCUCUCUCUCUCUCUCUCUCUCUCUCCUUCCCUGUCUCUCUCUUGUAGUUUCUAAUCUCUCUCCGUCCUAAUGACUGUUAUCCUACAUUGA